UCUGAGAUGCCACUGUCACUGCGACCCGUCUCCCACUGUUGCCUCUCUCGCUUGUGCAAACUGCAUUCAGUGUGUCGCCCACAGAGAGGAGCUGUGGUCCAUGCCAAUGUUUCCUCUUAGUUAUCCAACUUAUCGCUCUUUCUUUCUCUCAUUCUUUCUUUCUCUCGUCACUUUCACUGCAUCCUUUCCAUCCCUCGCUCCACCUGCAGCUGAUCUUUGAGACCCAACAGGCAAGAUGAGCAUGAGGAAGCUGAGUUUCAAGUGGUUCGGCAGCCUCGCCAACCUCUCCUUCCGCCGCUCCAGUGACAAAUCUGACUCAAAGUCUACUCAGCCGAAGUCUGGCGGUGACCUUGGAGAGGCCAGUGACUGUGAUGCCGUCGCCGUGGAGACGACAGUGGACGACAUGGGAGCCAUGCGUCCUCGUACGGCCAGCUAUGUCCGCUCCAGUGAGAACUACACACACAUGGGCACCCUGCCGAGGCUCCUGUGGAAGAAGAAGGACAAAGGCAAUAAAGGUAAGGCCGCAGAAGGUGGAGGCCCCAGCAGCAGCAGCAGCAGCAGCAGCAAGAAGAGCAAAGACAAGAGCAUCAGGAGAUGUCAGAGCCAGCGACCUGCAGGACACAAAGAUCCUCUGAGAAGCAACGCCAUCUCCUCCAACCUCUCUCGGCACAAAGCUGCAGGUAACUCUGACCCCGAUCUCAGUCGAAAACCUUUCACUGACCUCAAGUUGCAGCCUGAACCUACAGAGGAAACCAGUCCCAGCUUCUCUGGACCCACAGUCGUCUGUGAGGAUGUGUCGCCAUCUUGUGGCCAAAGCACGACACUCCAAGAAACCACACAGGGACAUGCAGACUUAAAGAAUCCAUCACUUCCACUCAGCCAGAGGAAGGAGAGGACCAGGACUCACGAGCAUGAUGAGCUGGAGUUUGAAACAACCUCGGACAAAACGGAAGCGACCGAAGGAGCAGAAGAGGGAGAACAAAAGUCCAACAGCACUCACAGCCACAUGGAGCCAACAGAGAGCCAGGCUGAAUAUGUUCAGUUCUCCAAGGAGAAGUACCUGCUGGAGUCUCCUCCGGAGAAGCUUCGCAAGGAGCUGGAGGAGGAGCUUAAACUCAGCCCCGCUGACAUCAGGAGCCAUGGCUGGUACCAUGGGCACAUACCCAGAGAGGUGUCUGAGACUCUGGUUGUGCGCAACGGCGACUUCUUAGUGCGCGACUCUCUGACCAAUGUGGGCGACUACGUUCUCACCUGUCGAUGGAGUAACGAGGUUCUGCAUCUGACGAUAAGCAAAGUUCUGGUGAAAUCCAGUGACACCAAGGUGCAGUACAUGUUGGAGACAGACAGUUUCGACUCGGUCCAGGAGCUCGUGCGGUACUACAUAGGCCAGCGCAAACCAGUCUCCCAGUCCAGCGGCGUCCACAUCUACUGUCCAGUGAGCAGAACUCUCCCCCUGCGUUACCUGGAGGCCACGUUCGCUUUGUCCAACAACAAACAAGGCUCCGGCUACUCGCCAUCCAGCCAGAGGGGAGCGUACAUCAAGAGGAGGAGCGUCACCAUGACCGACGGGCUGACGACAGAGAAAAUGAUACCACACAGCCCGUCCACAAUCCACCACCACAAAGAUGCAAUGCGAAACUGUGCGAUGAGCAUGGACCAGAUCCAGGAGUACCGCUGCCCGUUGUCACCUGUUGGGGAAACCCCGAUGUCGCCCGCGUACAGUGCGAUCACCAGGCAGCGAGCCCACUCGGGCGGCCGGGUCCUGGCGGUUGUCCCUCCCUCCCCUGUGAUGCGUCACUCCAGCGACCCUCAGCUCAGUCCCUCGACCGGUAACAACCCUCCGGAGCACCCCGCGCACACCUCACAUUCGGCGCACUCCUCGCCUGCCCAUCAUCCCGGCUACCAGUCGCAUUCCUCAGAAACUGCGGGGAGCUACUGUGACCUCAGACCCUGUCCCGCCGGGCCCCCGAAGCCCCCGACUAAGAGCUACGUGGAGAGAUUGCGGGUUGAGGAGAGGAAGGAGGAGGGUGCGAGGGAGGGAGAGGAGAUGUUCUGCACCCCACAGAUGGAAACAACGUCCUCAUUCAGGCCGUCCAGGUACGAGUCUCGCCUCAUGCCGCCUGAGAAUAAGCCUCUGGAGAUGUCGGUGCUGAAGAGAGUCAAAGAGCUGCUGGCUGAGGUGGAUGCAAGGACCGCGGCUAAACACAUCACCAUGGCGGACUGCACGGUGGCCAGAAUACUGUGCGUGAACUCAGAGAUGCAAAGGAUGAUGGGAGUGUCCUCAGGGCUGGAGUUACUGACGCUCCCACAUGGACAUCAGCUGAGGCUUGACCUCAUGGAGAGAUUCUACACCAUGUCCAUCAUGAUGGCAGUGGACUUGCUGGGCUGCACGGGCAGCACAGAAGAGAGGGCGGCGCUGCUUCAUAAGACCAUCCAGUUAGCAGCCGAGUUGAAAAGCAACAUGGGCAACAUGUUUGGCUUCGCUGCUGUGAUGAGAGCCCUGGAGUUACCGCAGAUUUCCCGCCUGGAGCAGACGUGGGUGACGUUACGGCAGAGACACACAGAGGGCGCCAUUUUAUACGAGAAGAAACUCAAACCUUUCAUGAAGAACAUGAACGAUGGCAAAGAGUCCAGUGUUCUGUCCAGCACCUCGUUCCCCCACAUCAUUCCCGUCCUGUCAUUACUGGAGCGUGGCCUGGCGCUCGGCGAGACGCUGGAGCCGUGGGAGAGCGCAGAGGUCGGCGUCGACGUGGUCAUGUACCACCUAGAGGCGGCUCGCACCAUCGCACAUCACGGGGGAAUCUACAGAAGCAACGCCGAGGCCAAACUGCAGGGACUCCAGGAGCAAGCAGAAAUCCACGAGAUCUUCCAGACAGAGUUUCAGAUGCGUCUCCUGUGGGGCAGCCGCGGCUCCGAGGGCAGCCAGUCGGAGCGCUACGAGAAGUUCGACAAGGUUCUCACCGCCCUCUCACACAAGCUGGAGCCUCCCGUGCGCCACAGUGAGCUAUAGCACAUGACCCAGUGCCCCGGCAUCAAAGAGACACCUCCAUUUUUUAUCACUCUCUUCUCAUAGACGUAUACAAAGUCUUGUUUUGCAUCACGGAGUAUGAUGUGGAAGAGUCCAGUAUGAACACUGGGGGGGGAGGGGGGAGAUUGGACGAAGCGGCAGCUAAAAGAGCAUGUGCACCGAGCACUGUAGGAAUACAGAGGAAAGCGUUUGCACUGACUGUGGACGGAGCUCCUUCUGUUCUCACUUAGGCUUACAAAAUAUUUAAAAGGCAACAAAGAGGAGACGAGCUGAGGCGAUGCAGGGGACCAGCUCCUCUGCCUAUGGUGUCCUCCAAGGGCCAAACGGAGCUGCCGAGUUUGUCUUUUUGCUCCAAUUAGAAAAGAACUGCUGUCACACACUGUAGCAGAAAUGACGACAAGAACAUAACAUAGCUCAUACAUAGAUAUUUUGACCGUGUGAAUGAAUGUGUCUGUCUGCAUAAUGUAAGUAUAGUAUGUUUACAUUCCUCUGUUGUUGUUGUUCUUUUUCCUGCCUUAUUUAUUCGUCACGAUCAAAGGCUGGCUGUCAGAACACCGCGGACGCGUUCACGGAGACUCGUGAAAUAUGUAUGAAGCAGUCCUCCCAUUAAUUCCCAUUAAAAAUGUAUCGGGCAUGCAUUUAUACAUUUAUCAGGAGUGAAACAUUUGCCAAGGAAAUGUUGGAACUUCCGUAUGACGUCUUUAUGGGGGGAAAAGCAAAUACUAACAUCUUUUUAAAGCAAUGUUUCACUCGGAAUCGGAUCAUUUACGAACAUGUGUUCGGUGUUACGCUACUUUCAGUAAUCUGGAGUUUGCCGAGAUAUUUAAAGCGUUUAAUGCAUGCAUCUCUAAAUGUUGCACUCAGUAAAAUAUUGCUUUAAACUUAUAAUAUAAUUGAGAAGUACGGUAUCUGUGGAGAGUCUUCAGCCAUAGAGAGAGAAGGAACCGUUGACCACAGCCCUGCCACAGACACUGUUUUUGGUUGUACAUCUAUCUUUUAAAGUUUCUCUUUUAGCAAAACACCUUUAAUAAUUUGAAUGUUUUUUUGUUUUGUUUUUUUUGUUAUGUUUGCUUGUGUUCACUUCUAAAGCAUUACUGUAUUUUACAGUAUGUGGCUCUGAGGUGACUGAGCCGACUCUCGGGCCUAUGCAAUCAUUUCAACCAAGGGCUGAGACCCCGAACACCCCCUCAAACUUCACCUCCCUUCUGAAACAUCCAUGUCUUACCCGAACUGGUAAUCUAUAUGUCAACGAAUCUCAGAUAUCACUCAAACGAUUCCACACAUACGUGUACGUAUAAUGCUUCCCUGUAGAUGUUUAAGUGGCCCACUUCCUAGUCUGAACUGCGACCUGCAGAGGAGUCAUGUGCCACUUCCCACUAUUGUCCAACAGGGGGUGAUGUUUAGUCAGCAUAUUUAAAA